CGCGCAUUGCUAAUCUAAAAUCUGUGAUGUAAACAAAAUUAUUCUUCGGAUUCUAAUUAUUAUCGUUUUAGUAAAUGUAGUGGCAAAAUGAGCAUUUUCAGCUCGAUUGUGAGACGACAAUUGGGGUUCGAAGGAACAACGAAUUAUGACGUGGCUGUACAACGCCUAAAGUGUUACAGCACAGACGUAUAUCGUGGUGUAACUCCGAACCACGGUGCACCUGAUUUUAAUCCAGAACCGCCAAUUUUUGCCUGUCGUUUUUGUCCUAUAAAAGGGCACGAGCAAUAUAUAGCUUUAGCUAACGAAGAUGGAAAUAUUGCUUUACAAGACACGACUAAAAAAGGACAGCCAAAUGAGCAAUUGCAAGGCCAUGAGGCGCAUCGAAAUGCAAUUUUCGAUUUGUCGUGGAUGCCAAAGGAAAUGAAACUCGUUACUGCAUCCGGAGACCACUCAGCUCGCUUAUGGGAUGUUACACCUACUGGCUUCAAUUUAAUUCAAUCCUUCGUCGCUCAUACGCGAAGUGUAAAAAAUGUCGUUUUUCGUCAGCAAGAUAACGCGGUCUUUGCGACGGGAGCUAGAGAUGGAGUAAUAAUGGUUUGGGACACUCGAGCUAAUCACGGCGUGAAUCCAAAACCAGACAAUUGCAUGAUGAAUGCACACGCUAUUGGCAAAAGUCUCUCUAAUAGUGCAAAGAAAAAGUGUUUGACACCUGCAUCUCGAUCUCAAAGUAUUACAGGUCUCGCCUUUCAGGAUGAUUUUACUUUAAUAUCUUGUUCAGCAGGAGACGGUUUAAUAAAAGUCUGGGAUCUAAGAAAAAACUACUCAGUUCACAAAAAAGAUCCAAUGGCGAAGCACGUUUUAGAGUACUCAGGAGGAAGCACACGAAAUGGAUUCACGUCUUUGCAAAUUUGCCCAGCUGGCAUUAGACUUUACGCAAGUUGCAUGGACAAUACCAUUUAUGCUUACAAUAUUUCGACUUAUUCAUCAGAACCAAUUGCAGAGUAUUUUGGAAACCAGACGUCAACUUUCUACAUUAAAAGUUGUCUGAGUCCAGAUGGCCAGUAUUUAUUAAGUGGUUCUAGUGAUAUAUUCGCCUAUUUGUGGCGGACAGACAAGCCGGGAAAACCUCUCGUUAGACUUGCAGGACACUCGGCAGAAGUUACGUGUGUCACCUGGUGCAGUGUUGGCGAAACAAAGAUCGUGACUUGUUCAGACGACACUUACCACCGGAUAUGGAAAGUAGGUAUCGAAAACUCAACUGACGACGAGCGGCAUGAUCUUCAUGGUCAAGCAGAACCAGUCACUAUGAAUGAAAUUGCAGUGCAAAGGAUACAUAGGACUCAGAGGACUCCCACCAUUCGAAGAAGACGGUCACCAACUCGAGAUCGAACGCCUUCAUCAGGAAACGGACGUGGAACAUCUCCAAUGCCAAAUCCGGAAGAUUCUGCAUCAAACUGUGAUUCCUCCCAAGAAAAUCAUCCCCGCAAUUCCCAAAAACGCACUUACGCAGAAAUGACCGGAGAAGCAAGUACACACAAAGCAAUUUUGUCCCCAAUUCAGGAAAAUUCCGAGUCCUCUUCAAAGCGUGCUCACACCGAAACUCGAGGAGCACGAAGAUUAUUCAGUCCUGAAAAUAAUAGAGCAGCGAGAUCGCGAGAAAUCGAUAUCGAGGAAGCUGGUCCAAGUACUUCCCGACAAUCGGAAAGUCCUGACUCGCAUUUUUCGCCGACCUCAAAUCUCCCGAAUUUCGUCAUCGACGGAACAGCGCCCCACCUGAACGAGUCGUCGCCGCGAAAGUCGAAAGAAAAUGUCGACUGGCUGACGAAAAUCCGCAAAGAGAAGAUGUGUCAAAAGAAGAGUGAACAGAAGACGAAAGGCUCGGCGGAAAAAGUGGUGAAUAGUCCUAAAACGCCUCAAGUGACACCAGCCCGGCGAUCCAGUCGAUCGAAAUCUACCGAAGCUCGUAGUAAAACGCCCAAAAGUCCAGCUGGUCCUUUACUCAAUUUUUUCAAAAGCACUAAUGCACACAAAGACUGUGAAAAAGAGACGCCGCAGAAGAGCAAGGAUUCGCCAAGGACAAGUCCGUCAAAGCAAUGACGGAAAUUGUUGCACAACAAACACAAUAUCAGUAUUUUUUAAUCUAAGGACGGGCUCGAUGUUGAAUCUCGUUUCUGCCGCAUUUAUCUGUGUACAAAAUCUCCAAGACUUUUAUGCUACAUUUUAUUAUGUUUAAAUCUUUAAACUUUUUUCAGGGUGUCCGCAAAACAGAUGAGAAUUUUGCAAGAAAUUUCUUUGUUAAAAGAAGAAAAAAAGAAGAAGAAAAAAAAGAAACAGUCGAGAUUUCCAAAAAAUUCUUGCUGUUAAUUUGUUCUUUCUUCUGAGUUGUAUAUUAUUAUUAAUUAUUAUGAAGAAAAUUUCAUAAAUUUCUUCCUUGUGUUUCACGUACUAUUUAAAAGAAGAAACAGAAGCGGGUAAAAAAACUUAGAUUUGUAGAAAAGGAAAGAAUUGUGUAUAUUUUUUGGACAUCCUGCGUCUCCUGUGUAAUUUUUGUGGUCGUAGAAAUCUGAAAGAUGCAUGUCAUGACGUAAGAAUAUUUAAUUGUCGGAUUUAACUGUUUUCUUUUUUUUUCUUCUGCUGCUGCUGCCGAUUUAAAACUGUGCCAUUUAGGACUUAAAUACUCAAAUCGGUGGAAAAAAUCGUCGCGUUAAGGAAUUAGGUUGAUAGGAAAUUAUGUUAGAACUAAGUUCUGAAAGUUGAAAAAGAGAAUAGCCAGUUGUAUGUACAAAAACUGAACGCAUUAGAGUAGAUUUUUGUUCCAUUUUGGUAACUGAGAAGUAAGAACGACUUGAACGCUUCCAAGUGACAGUAAAUUAUAUUUUAAUAUUUUAUAUGAAAAUCUUUAUAACGAAAAUAAAGUUAUAUAUCUCGUUGAAAUU